AUGGGCUGCUUCCCAAGCCACCACCACACAACUGGUCUUGGCGAAGACGAGCCCGCUCGGUUCAGCGGCCAGCCCGCGACAGGACACACUGGACAUGUUUCUGGUAAUUCAGGUUAUCAGGGCUAUGUCGGUGCCGGUGGAUAUUACGGCGGGGACGGCGGAGGUGGUGGUGGAGGUGAUGGCGGUGGCGGUGGCGGUGGAGGAGGGUGCUGA